GCCGUCAAAAUUUAUGUGGACUGCAGUUGAUUGUACACAAAUAAUCGGCCCUCCAAAGUGCAAAUUGCGUUGAAAAUUCUAGUAGAAAACUCAAGGUUGACACUAUACAAAGAAACACUCGGUCGUGCAUUCUUUAUGUUCACUUGCUGUUAUUAUUCCAAGCCAAAAAAUGCCCUUGUGACACAGAUCCUAAGAAAACCAUUGGCAUUUUGUCAUACGCAGUUUUAUGGGAAAUCAAAAAACACUGCCAAUCUAACACGUGCAUCAGUGCAGGCGACACAAUACAUUAGUCUAGCCAUCUAGCGGAAUGCAGACGACAACACAAUUCUUUUUUCGUCUUUCACUGAAAAGCAUCAUUUAAAGGUUUUUGUCUUUUUUUAUGAAAACAAGUCAAAAUGGUCCAAACUGCUGCGACUGAAGCUACUCAAGCAUUGAACAGUUUCUGGCCUAAAGUUGCUGAGGAUGUAAAAAUUCUUAACAAUAAUGAUUUCAAGCAACAAGAACUACCACUGGCCAGAAUUAAGAAGAUCAUGAAACUCGAUGAUGAUGUGAAAAUGAUAAGUGCGGAAGCCCCUGUUCUGUUCUCAAAGGCAGCUGAACUUUUCAUCACAGAACUGACAUUGCGUGCUUGGAUUCAUACAGAAGACAACAAAAGAAGAACACUGCAGAGAAAUGACAUUGCCAUGGCUAUUUCCAAAUAUGAUCAGUUUGAUUUCCUAAUUGACAUUGUUCCUAGAGAUGAAUUAAAACCUCAAAAAGCACGUGAAGAAACUCCUUCAAGGCCUGCAUCUAAUAUUCCAGAUCAGGUUCAAUACUAUCUUCAACUUGCCCAACAAAAUCAACAAGCACUUCAGCAAGCUACUCAGCAGCCUCAACCUGCAUCAUUAGGUGGUUCUGCUAUUGGUGGCCAACAACAGACUAUUCAAAUUGUUCAAGGUGGAGGGCAAAUUCAAACCAUUAGUGUCAUGCCAGCAACUCAAUUGGUACAAGCAACACCACAAGCAGCAGCUGCUGCAAAUCCCAUAUCCAUUACAAAUUCUCCCAAUGCAACACAACAGCCAGCUACUCAAUUAGCACUUCAAGGAUUAAAUCUCCAGCAACAUCAGCAACAACAGCAGCAGCAGCAGCAACAACAACAACAACAACAGCAGCAGCAGCAGCAAACACAGCAACAACAACUUGGAGGAAUUCAAAUUGUUCAGCAGAUUGUUGGUCCCAAUGGAGAGAUCCAACAAAUUCCGCUUCAACUCUCCGCACAACAACUUCAAAUGAUUCGGAUGCAACUUGGGGCUGCAGGAAAUGGACAGCAAAUUGUUCUUCAAACUUCUGCACCUCAGCAGGGUCAACAAGAGUAGUAUAAUUAUUGGAAAUGUUUUGGAACACUGCUUUUAUAAAGUUCAAUUCCUGAAUUACUGUGUACAAAUUAAAUGGAUUGAGCGUGUGAACGCACGCUACAAUUGGGGAAUACAGAAUACUUGAUCGUCGA